AUGAGUUGUGAUUCCUCUUUCUUUUUUAGUGAUUCUAACCUAGAAGAGAAGUGUCAAUUAGCUAAUUCAUUAUGUGCUCAAAAUUAAAUAUUCAUAAACUAUUACUCAAUUAUCUAUUGCCAGCUGAAUGGACAUUGGGCCUUUUUUAUUGCAAUAGCAAUAUUAGUUGUUCUAAUAAUAUUCAGGUUUGUUUAAUGUUUAUUUAUUCAUAUAGAUUUAUGAGUACAUUAGUAAUGCUAUAUUUGACGCCUGCUAUUGAAUUUAUUACUGAUAAAUUGAAUAUUUCCUAAUCUUUGAGUGCAGUCACUUUGUUGGCUCUUGCUAAUGGGUAUCAUUUAAUUAAUAUAUAAAAGAGCAGGAGAUGUUGUAACUGCUAUUGUAGCCACAGAAACUUUAGAUGGUAUAAGCUAUAACAUUGGUUCUCUAUAUGGAGCAGGCUUUUUUGUAGCCACCUUAGUUGUUUCAAUUACCAUCAUUAAUUCUUAAACUUAUAUUGUCAUGAAAUCUUAUUUUAUUUGGAGGGACAUUUUGUUUUACAUAUUUGCGACCAUUGUUGUAAUCAUUUAUGGAAUCAUUGGCGAACUUUCCUUAAUAGAUUCGUCAUUCUUAUUGAUUAUUUAUUUUAUACUAAUCAUUGUUGUAAUCUUCCAAGAUAAAUUUUCAAGUAACAAUAUAUUUUAUACUUAAUAGGUAAAUCUAAAAAGUAAUUUGAUGAACUUUUAAUCGAUAAUCCUCUCGAUCCUAAUGAAACUCAAGAGAGUGAACAGAUUUAACAACAAUCAUAAAAUUUACAUCUGGAUUCAAUUAAUAAUUAAUAAUCAUGUGCUGAUAAAUCAUUCUGUGUAGUCGAUGUUCCAUUUAGAUUCAUCUUAAAAUAUAGUAUACCACCUUCUACUCAAGUUAAUAAAUACAUCUUAAUAUUUACAAUCUUCCCAAGUCUUUCCUUCAUAUACUUUGUAUUGGGAUCCAAUAAUUACGAUCCAUACGCUUAUUUAUACAUAUCCUCAAUCUCCAUGAUAUUAGCUAUCAUAAUUUAUACUUCAUAUCCAUAAGGCAACGUAAUAAUCAACUUUUUCAUAGGAUUUACCAAAUUACUACCUCUACAUUUAGAUUUACAUCACUAUAGUAUCCUUGGUCUGGAUAUAUUGUUUGAGUGGCAUUCUGAUAGACACUCUCACUUUUUUUGGGAUGCUUACUAAUUUAUCCAAUUCUUAUUUAGGUAUGACAAUAAUAGCUAUGGGAAAUGCUCUACCAGAUGGAAUAGUUACUAUGACCUUAGCCAAAUAAGGAUAUGCUGUUAUGGGAAUUACAGGAGCGUAUUAAACUACAUGAUAUAUAGAUAUUUUGGCUAAAUUUUUGGCCUGUUGGUUGGUCUUGGAAUAUCUUUAAUAAAAACUAAUUUAAAAACAGGAGCCAGUGUAAAAUUUGAUUUGUUCAAUUAAGAUUUAAUGCAGCAAAAUUUAGUAAAAAUAAAAUUAAUUAUCUUAGAUAAUGAUAAUUAUAAUUUUCUCCACUCUUUUUGUAUUAAUAAUCACUUUUUUCUAUGGUAUACUAAAAAAGUAUCAUUUCGCAAGAGAUCUUUCAGUUUUACUCAUAUUGAUAUAUGUAUUAGUAUUGAGUUCAAUUACUAUCAUUGCUAUUUAUGAAGCUGUGUGA